ACCUACGUCAUCACCGACGUCAUCGUCACCCACAACCACCUCCAUCGCCGUCACCGCCGUUUCGUUUUUUUUUAUAUUUCACCAAUUCGCGAUGAUGUGCGGCGGCUUCACGUGCUCGAAGAACGCGCUGUGCGCGCUCAACGUCAUCUACAUCAUCGUGGGCCUGCUGCUCAUGGCCAUCGCAGGCUGGGGACUGGGCUACGGCGUGGUCAACACCAUCUCGCUCAUCGGCGGUGUGGUCGCCGUGGCCAUCUUCCUCUUCCUCAUCGCCAUCGUAGGGCUCGUGGGAGCCAUGAAGCACCAUCAGGUGCUGCUCUUCUUCUACAUCGUCAUCCUGUUUUUGCUGUUCAUCGUACAAUUCAGCGUGUCUUGCUCCUGCCUCGCCUUCAACAGUUCCCAGCAGGAGACGUUGCUGAAGUAUGGCUGGAAAAAUCUGAGCAACAGAACGGUGGGCGACUUGGAGAAGAAGUUGGACUGCUGUGGGUUCUUUCAGCAGAAGCUCACGGAGUGCUUGGCGGCUUGCCAGGAGAAACAGUCUUGUAGCAACUGCGGCACGCUGAUGUUGAAUCACGCCAAGGAGGCCCUGCAGAUCUGCGGAGGAGUCGGGCUCUUCUUCAGCUUUACGGAGAUCGUGGGAGUGUGGCUGGCGGCGCGCUUCCGCAACCAGAAGGAUCCUCGCGCCAACCCGAGCGCCUUCCUCUAGGGCAGGGCCCUGGAUGCUGUGCGAUUGCGGGCCCGGGUUUUGACGGUCGACUAAGCAGCGUGUGUCACCGUGAGUGUGGGAGCCAUAAUGUGUGCGUGCGUGCGUGCGGGCGUGUGUGCGAGGUAUGUAUAUGUACGUUGGGCUUCUUUCGCACCGUAUGUAGCCAACCGUUCUAAUCGGAGGUGCGGGGGGAAGGACAACAAACCGAAAAACUAAAAGCAGUUCGAAAGAAGUUCGUUUUCAAACUGGUGGAGAAUGAUCGAGCAUUGGUGUGGUUAUUAUUCGUCGCUUGCAACGUUCGAACGUCACUCCGGCCCGCCUCCCCCUCUCUUCCCCCCCCCACCCCGCCCCCCACCUCGCCCCCCACCCUACUUCCCAUCCGUCCAUUUAUCUCUCCAAUAUUCGCGUGGAGAAAAAAGUAAAAAAAAAAACCCCGUAGAGAUAUUCUUUCCAACGCACAAGCACGAGAAGCUGAAACGCGUCGUGUUGGUGAGAGGUGUAACGCACCGCGUGAAUUUCCCCCGCAUCACCUUUGCUGUCUGCCUAUAAUGCUGCCUACACACCACUGUACUUUUUGUAAAUCCGACACGGCCGCAAGUGAUUGCACCGAGGGUACGCUCGUGUUGUGUGGUUUCUUUUUUUAGGAUAUUCGUAGUGGUUAAACAGGGUGUCCGUGAAGGUGUAGUGCAUUUAAAAAAAGAGUUGUAAUGACAGCAGGUUUGUCUAGGUCAUUAAAACCCAAACAAAGACAAAGAUACCCCGUAUAGCCUUCACAGACUGUUGGGGCAAGUGCUGUUAGCGAGCAGCACCUAUGGAGGCCGGCACGGCACACGAGGGGCUGGGUGGCCGGUACCACCCCCGUCUGCCUUUGUCUCCUGAAUUGGCGAUGUUUACACACCGCACCAGGUACUCAUUUGAGGCCGAGUCAACCUCGGGGAGGUCCACGUCUGGUUCAAAUAAUGGUCACACACACGCAGCAUUGUGAAAAUCCCAUCACACGGGUCUCUCACCUCAUCCCCCACGUGUUUACCAUGACGUUGGCAACACACUUGGUAUCGAGAUUUCAGAGAAUUCCAGGUGUUGGAGAGUAUCCCGGCUGUGUGAUUGUUACAAAUACUUCUGUUACCGUUUUAAAGUCACACGAGCAUUAUAAUUUAACAAGAAAAUUGUACGAGGAAUAUGUUCGCGGUAUUUUAACUACGGCGUUCAAACUGCCGUCUGUAGUUUAUUAAUAUCUUGAUGAGCAACCCUGCGUGAGACAUUGUCAACAUCCUGUCAUUCGAGGCUUGCUGGAUGUCGCUGGUGUAAUUCGUCACCCACUUGCUUUCUUUCCAACUGCUCAGUUACCCAGUGGUGAUGUCUGUACCUGGAAGGAGAAGCUGUGUUGUUUUAAUUUGUAAUUCUGUUGCACCUGAGAGCAGUUCUGUGAUAUCUCCUUCCACGGGGCGUGUUCUCGAAUAUGGGGUGAUGCACCGGUUUUGCCGGAGUCACGGAUUGGCUCUUCGUGGCACUUUGAAUAAAACAAAAGACAAAAAAAAAACCUCGUACCAUUUAUAUCGAGAUGAAUUCUGAUUGUGUGAUUGUGCGGUCAUGUAUUCAGAAAUCAGAAUAUGUAUUUAUACUGGAGGAAUCCGAUGCGCUAUGAAGCCUUUUUUCACAGAUAUCCAGUAGUAUUGAUCUGGUGUUCCUUUGGAAUACUUAUGGUUACAUAGCAAGUCGUAUUAAGCGUUGUGCACAUUCAUACGGCUCUUCAAACUUCAGCCGUACAUUUCCACGUUGGGUAGUCGAGCAGGUCAGUUUGAAGGUAACGGUGCGAUAAUUGAUUUGUGGGUGCAAGGCUUAACUUCGCCACGGCACGUACGCUGAGCGGUUAUUCAGGCGCUGUUUCUGCUGCGAUGUAUCCGUAACGUGGCAGAUUUGUAAAGAUCGCUGUCGAGGGAAAGGGAGAAAACAAGUAACACUUUGAUAAUGCUGCGAGGGAUUGACACCGGCGUCUGUUAUCGCCGCUGAUUUAAGGGAAAGAAUGAAAUGUUUUAAUAAUCAGGGCCAUGUAGAAGGAUGUCUGUCCGUGGGGCUUCGUGCGUGCGUGCGUGCCCUUGUGUAGGACAGGGUGACACGACCGAGUGGAAACACGUUUGCUGGAGAUGUUUGCGGUUCGAGGCUGAUGGCCGCCCUGGUUAAUGCUGCGGGUGUAUUAACCAUAAAUGAUAAUAAUUAUUUUAAACUCAUUUUUUUGGUUAAAUUCGCACUAGGCCUCAAAGGGCUUUCCAGAACGCCUGUUUAGUUAUGGAGAAAGCCUGUUGUAAUAACAGGUCAGUUUUUAAGACGUGAUUUAAACAGUGUAACAGACUCCGAUACCCCCAUGGACCCAGGAAGAGAAUUCCACAAUUGCGGAGAGCCUGGCUACACAAAGCUCCGUUUCCCACAGAACAAAGUCUGGUCUUUGGAAUAAUUAAUAAUGAGGAGACCACAAUCAGCAGAUCUAAGUUUCCGCAGUGGAAUAUCAAAGUUCACCAGAUCGGUGAGAUGUUUAGGAGCCAACUCAUUCAAGGCCUUCAACCUAAGGAAUAGAUACUAGCCUGCCUCACAGUUAAUGUUCAAAAGAUCCCGCGGCGUUAUUUUUGACAUGGAGUAGGCCACGCGUGCCCGGGCCUUGCGAUCCCAGUUUGCUCGAAUUUUACUUGUUUGGGAAGAAAAUCCACAACGGUUGCAUCGUGCCCCCCCCCACCGCCCCCGGCAGGCUGGUGCUGCUUACAGCUUAUGUCACGUAGGGAGGACUGCCAAGUUGGGUACCCCAACAAAUGGACUGUUGCACGGCAAUGGAAUUAAUUGUCGGGCUGAGAUGUGAUGCAAGCCACUGUACUCUUGAGAUGCUGAGGUGUUUUAAGCGAGCGCCGCUGUAACAUGCAAAUACUUAUCCUACGGUUCGCGGACAAUUGUGGAUGCGUCGAGGUCUCAGGAUGCGAGUCUCCGAUGCAAAUUAAAAGUCGUAGCGGAUGAAUCUUGAUUCAGUUACCAUCGUUUAGUAUUUUUUGUUCAGCGUAGUUAAUAAAACAAAAUAUUUGCGUUUGGCCGCAAUAUGAAACCCUCGUUGACAGGGCCAAUCGCUUCUUAUCGUGAACGGUGUUGCGUUUUCAAAGUAGCGAUGGUGUGUUCACUGAAAGUAAUAUAUGUGAAUUGUAAAACGGGAAAAAAACAAUGAAAUUUGGUAUUUACAACCGAUGUUUUUGUGCGCUGCUUUUUUCUUCCGCGAAUGGGGCUCUGUGUGUUGUGACCGCGCGUAGAGAGGACUCUUAAGCAACGUCAAAUCGACGUAGAAGCGGCACUUAAUUUCUCGGUUGAGCUGUCAUUUGUGAUAGCCACGUCGCUUUUGAAAAACA